AUGGUUGGCAGUGGAAACACGUUCGAAGCACAUAUGGAGGCGUUCAGCAAACGUAACUUGACUUAUGAGGUAGACGUAUUGAACGCUUUCCGAGGCGUCCUCAACCGUCAACCGUGGCGAUCCUUCUGGGGAAUCCCCCUUCCGACAAGAAGUUGGUGGGUUGCCGAGAAAAAUAAAGCCAGCGCGCUCGCUAUAGACGAUAGCAGCGUUGAUACUAUGGAAAACCAAAAUCUUAGUCCCAAUGCUGCGUUUGCAGGCGGCCUGGCAUGGCAAAAACGGUCUUCCGAGUCUGAGAGAAGGAGAAAGGGCGGCUUUCCCACAUGGUGCUGGGCAUCAACGCUCGGCAAAGUCAUCUGGAGGCAGAAAGAGCUUGGCGUUGAUGGCCCACGGCGCGUCCUAGACUAUGCAAGGUUUCAAAUCGAUGAAGGCGGCCGGCAUUUAUCACUAUCUGAUUUCAUAGCGUCCCAUCCAGACGCAUUUGUGCUACCUCAGACCACGCACCGCCUCCUGGUAAUUGGGCACAUUGUGCAAUUCCGCCUGUUUCGAAUUCAGGGCGGACAGUUUAUUGCUCAAGACAUUGGGAGCAAGUUUGACCUAGCGCGGCGUCUAUGGAGCGUACCGUUUGAUUUUGACGUGGACUCCGAGAUUCCAGAACUGAAGGAAGGCUAUGAGAAACCAUUCCCGGCGCUAAUCCUGCUGGUGGACGACUGGAGUGCGAAGUCCUUUGAGAAGAGACGGCUGGAGGCUGAAUAUGACGAUGAAGAUAAUGUAGAUGAUGAAGAUGAUGAAGAUACAGGGAGAACAUUUUUGCUUUUGUUGAACUGGGACGGGGAGGUGGCACAGCGACGGGCGCUUAUAGAGAUUGAAAGCGGUCUGCUCGUUGGCGCUACCAAAGAGGAAAAAAUAUUCGAGUUGUCAUAA